AUGCAAUUCUUCAAAAUUUUCGUAUUUGUAGCUCUCUUUGCAGUAGCAUUCGUAGCAGCCGCGCCCCUUGAUAAAAGGCAAGCUGUGAGAACAACAACAACAGCACAACCUACCGCUACUGAUGGAUCUAGAGUCGCUGCCGCUUCACCUAAAUGUGACGAUGCAACAGUUCUUUCCGAUAGCGAGCCAGUUAGCAGCGUUGACGGAAAAACUUGCACCUAUAAUAGUGUCCCACCAGACCAACAAA